AUGACUGCAAAGUUUAUUAUUGCUGCUGCCCUGGUGGCCAUGGCCCUCGGCCGCCCAGAGGACACUCCAGGUUAUGAUUAUUCAGCCCCUUCUUCGAAUGCCAAGUACGACUUCAACUACGCUGUUAAAGACGACUACUCCAGUAACGACUUCGGUCACCAGGAGGAUCGCGAUGGUUAUGGUGCCCAGGGUUCCUACUACGUCCUCCUUCCGGACGGUCGUCUGCAGAAGGUCACCUACUCCGUCAACGGCGACUCCGGUUUCGUGGCCGAGGUCAGCUACGAGGGAGAGGCCCAGUACCCCGCUGAACAGCCUUCCUACAAACCAACUCCUUCUUAUGCCUAA